AUGAGUUCUUCAUUUACAUUAGCUCGAUCAUUGCCUCACGCGUUCCAGCAAUUUAGACAUACGAAAGUUACUUUAAGACAUUUUUCGAUAUUAUCUAAUUCAGGACCUAAAAUUCGAAAUGCAAAAAUUCAAACGCUUGAUUUUUGUGGUGUUAAAGAAAAAGUAUAUGAAAGUUCAGAUUGGCCAAAAGAAAAAUAUCAAAAUUUGUUUAAAAAUGAUACUAUUGCCAUGAUUGGAUAUGGAUCACAAGGAAGUGCGCAAAGUUUAAAUGCAAGAGAUAAUGGAUUAAACGUAAUUGUUGGUGUAAGAGAAGGAGGGAAAAGUUGGAAUGAGGCUAUAAAAGAUGAUCUUUUUUCAAUUAAUGAUGCACUCGCAAAAGGAACAAUUAUCAAUAAUCUCCUUUCUGAUGCGGCUCAAAAAGAGCUUUGGCCCCAAUUCAUCACACAUUUAAAAAAAGGAAAGACAUUGUGUUUUUGCCAUGGGUUUUCGAUAAUUUAUAAGGAGUAUACAAAUGUCAUUCCACCAACAGAUAUCGAUGUAGUCAUGAUAGCGCCAAAAGGUUCUGGCAAAACACUUCGUUCACUUUUCCUUGAUGGACGUGGCAUGAAUUCAUCUGUCGCUAUAUUUCAAGAUGUAACUGGAGAAGCUAUGGACAAAGCGGUAGCUUUUGGAGUAGCUAUUGGAUCUGCGUACUUAUAUGAAACAACAUUCCAAAGAGAAGUUUUUGCUGACCUAGUUGGAGAACGAGGAGUACUUUUGGGUGCAAUUCAAGUUGCUGAUGGAUCUGAAACGCGUCGAGUGUUAGAAAAGAAUUCAUCGCCUACAUAUGCAGAAGAUUUGGAAGAAGAAUUAAAAGAGAUUAGCGAAAUUUGGCGAACUGGUAAGAUUGUUCGGAAACUUCGCCCCGAAAAUAAAAAGUAA